UCCUCAAUCUUCGAGCUUCUUCCCUAUUUGGUGAUGUUGGCGCUGCAAUUCGGCGAGACUUUUUGUGUCACCGUUCUGGUGCCCGAAUCAAAGGGACGACCGAUGGCCGAUUCGAUGCCCGAAGUGAAUGAAAGAUUCAGG